UUAGUAAGAAUGAAGAUAUUAAUAGUUAAUUUCUACAAAAAUAGUCCAAAAGGAACUAAAAGGUUUUCUAAUUAUUAGUAACUUGUGAAAGAAAUGGUUCUUUCGUAAAAGGAUUUUCCUGAUACAGAGACUCAUUUCUUCAUAAGGGAUAAAAAUAAUUUAGGAGAUGUGCUUUAUGAAAUUGGAUCUUAAUAUAAAAAUAAAAAUAAUGUUAAUUUCUUUUAAACUAUUGAUUUUAUAUUUAUGGAGGGAGAUAUUUCAGUUUUACCUUGGUCAUCGCAUUAUGAAACUGCUCAUAUUUUACUGAGAAUGUGUUUGAAUUUCAAAAAAAGAUGUUUUAUAAGUGGUGGCCUAUCAAAUUGUAUCAUCUAUUAAUCAAGUGAUAAAAUUUAGGGAUAUUAACCUAUUGUGCAUGUCGAUAGAAAUGCAGAACAAUUAUUUUAAGAUUUGAUGCUAAACAAUAAAUUAAACGAAAAUGAUUAUAUACUAGAUUCAACAACAGGAGAUGUUUAUCAAUAUUAAAAAAACUAUGAAAAUAAAUAUUAACCAACAGCAAAUUCAAGUGAUUUCAAAAAGAAAGAUGAGAUUGUUUAAAAAGGAAAUUUGGGUUUACAUUAAGAAAAAGAUGCUGAAGAUAAUUAAAAUAUGGGAAAAUUUGUUAUUAAAUCAAAUGUUUAUAGAGAUCAGCAAUAAUAUGGAUAAAAGUUGGUUGUUUGUAGAAUAACAGAGGAGCUCAUUUAUAUUCACAAGAAAGACAAUUGUCAUUAUAUAAUAAAUUAAUUACCUCACUAAUUAAAGAUAAAUUCUGAUAACAGAAGAUGGAAUGUGCAUCCUUAUAUCAUUUAAAAUAACUCAUUUAGGUAUAAUAUAAUUGCAGAAAGCUAAAAAUCAAAAGUUUCAAUAAUUUAAAUGUCUAAUAAUCCAAAUAUGUUUGCUUUAUUUUUUGUUAUUGAUUAGCUAUAUGACUAAUCUUAUUAGCUAAUGAAAAAUUUUUUCAAUGAGAAAAUACACGAAAUGGGAUAUGAUAGAAGUGUUUUACAAUCUCCUGUUAAAAUAUUUGACUUUAAGCAGUAAUAAUUCAGGACAGUUUAAUAAAAAUAAGAUAAUGAAUUUUUAUUGAAUACUGUCUAAACUCCAAUAUCUUUUAUCAGAAAUGGUAAAUCGCCAAUAUCAUAAAAAAAGUAAGAUAAUAAUUUUAUUAAUGAAGUACCAUCAAGUUCCAGUCUAUCUAAGAGAAUAGGAAUGAAUCCCUUAUAUAAGGAUUAAUUAGCAUAAACUAAUAUAAAUUAGCAAACCUUCUCACAUGUCACAUAAAUAGUUAACUUAAAAAAUAGCGGGUUGAUAAGUCUGCUAAGUAGGACUUAGCCUGUAUCAAAUAAUUAAAAAUAUAGCAUUGACCAAAAAAGUCUUUCUCCAAUAAGAUCAAGGAAUUCCAACAACAGAGAUUUAGUACAACAAAACAGAUCAUUCUAAAAUGAAAAUGAUAGAGUGUUCAUUCAUCAAGGGAUAAAUCCAUUUGAAACAAUAAAAAAUUAAAAAUAAAAAGGUGAAAAUACAUUAAUAGAUACUAGUACUUUAUUUACUACAAGAAGAGCAAAAGAAGCUUUGUAAAAGACUCCAAAGCAAACAAGAGAUAUCAGUCUAAUUAAAGAAAAAUAAACUUUCAAUAAAAAACUUUUACUUAUAUCAGAUAUUCAGCUAGAAUAAUAUUCUUAAUUUUCAAAUAACUCUGGCCCUAAAAUUGUAUCAUAAAAUAGACCAUUCCUAAACUUGAAGAAAUAUACUGAAGAUGAGUCUACUUUAAUUCCUUAUGUUAGUGUUACUGAUCAUAAAUUUAGAGAUGAAAGUCCCAAUAAAUGGGUUGGUUCUCCAUGGAAAAAAAUUUGA